AUGGCUGGUUACAGGGACGGCGACGCGCCCAGAGUGCUGGUCUUCGGCACCGGAGGUGUGGGAUGCAUAUAUGGUUGGAUUGUGCACAAAGGUGGCGCCGAGGUAACCGUGGUUUGUCGCACAAAUUAUGAAGCUGUCAAAACCAACGGGAUCACGAUCCGUUCGGCUAUCUGGGGCAAUCAGCAAUACAGCCCGGUGACUGUCGCCCGAGUUUCUGAGUCUGUUCGCCACGGGCCAUUCGAUUUCAUCAUUGUAGCGAGCAAAGCAUUUCCCGGAACUGCAAAGCUUCUCCGAGAUGCUGUUAGCAGUCAAACUUGCAUUGUUUUAGCACAGAAUGGUAUCGGCAUCGAGGAUGAGUAUGCAACAGCGUAUCCCUCAGCUCCUAUCAUCUCUGGAGUUGUCUGGCUACCAGCAACACAGGUGUCCCCUGGUGUGGUGGAAAUGGGGCCGCUAGAGACCUUUGAGAUCGGCACCUACCCAGCUGAUGCUGGAGAAGUCGCCAAAUCUCGCGCACGACAGCUCUCGGCGCUAUAUCAAAGCGGCGGCGCAACUUGUCCAGUUUACGACGACAUUCAAACUAAGAGGUGGCCAAAACUUGCGCUGAACUUCGCGUUCAAUCCCGUCACGGCUUUGACGCGCUGCGAUGAUGGCAACUUCCUCCGCAGCUCGUCCAUUGCAGACGAUGUCAUUGUAGACACCAUGCGCCAGUGCGGGAUUGUCGCCAAAGCCGCUGGCUAUGAAGUGAGCGAGGAUUACAUCCAGGAUGUCAUGGGAAGGCAUCGUGGACGAAUGAAGUCCGGUGGAAAACAACCGAGCAUGUUGGUAGACAUCGAGAACUCGCGUGCCAUAGAAGUGGAAGCCAUUCUGGGGAACACGCUACGGAUAGCUGAGAGAUACGGCGUGCUUGACAAGGUACCAUACGUGCGGCUUUUGUAUGCGCUGGCGAAGGGUUUGAACUUCUCAACCGUGAAGACUGACGAGUGGCGGCCUAUCCUGAAGGUCAGCUGA